AUCUUCUUUCUUAUCGUGCAGCUCAAAUCUAUGCCUAUAAGUUCUCUAUCAUAAUUCACGCAUUCCAAUUGAGGGCAGCAUUCUCUUCUCUAGCUGACUAGCUAGUAUCUAUCCCUUUUUGUUUCUGUAUAUAGUAAUAUCAUUAUCAAAAUGGGAGUCAUUGGUUAUUUUGGUAUAAUAAUAUUUGGUAUUUUAGCAUUUAUGGGUUCAUCAACUGAAGCUCAAUUGCAGAUGGGUUUUUAUGCUAAGAGCUGCCCAAAAGCUGAGAAGAUUGUGCAUGAUUUUGUCAACAAACACAUCCACAAUGCCCCAUCAUUAGCAGCAUCCUUCAUAAGAAUGAACUUCCAUGAUUGCUUCGUCAGGGGUUGUGAUGCAUCAGUGCUUUUGAACUCAUCAUCGAGCUCCGGCGAAAAACCUGAAAAAGAAGCUGCUCCAAAUCUAACAAUCAGAGGAUUUGACUUCAUAGACAGAGUGAAAAGCCUUCUUGAAGCUGAAUGUCCUGGAGUAGUUUCCUGUGCAGAUAUUCUUGCUUUGGUUUCAAGGGACUCUAUUGUGGCUACAGGAGGUCCCUUCUGGAAAGUUCCAACUGGUAGAAGAGAUGGUGUGACAUCAAGGUUGUCUGAUGCCAUGGCCAACAUCCCACCUUUCUUUGCAAACUUCACCACUCUUCAGACUCAAUUUGCCAACCAAGGCCUUGAUUUGAAAGACCUGGUUUUGCUCUCUGGUGCUCACACAAUUGGGAUUGCCCAUUGUUCAUCAUUUUCUGACCGUUUAUACAACUUCAGUGGGACUGGUCUGCCAGAUCCUAGCCUAGACAGUGAGUAUGUUGCAAAUCUCAGGGAAAACAAGUGCAAAAGUCCUGAUGAUAAUACCACCAAGGUUGAGAUGGAUCCUGGAAGUAGAAAUACAUUUGAUCUUAGCUACUACUCACUCCUGGUUAAAAGAAGAGGCCUUUUUGAAUCAGAUGCUGCCUUGAUCACUGACUCUGUUUCUUUGUCUCUCAUCAACCAGCUUCUCAGUGGUUCAGUUGAGGAUUUCUUUGCUGAAUUUGCCAACUCCAUGGAGAAAAUGAUCAAAAUAAAUGUUAAAACUGGAACUGUUGGGGAGAUUAGGAAGCACUGUGCAAUAGUGAAUAGCUAAUAUUAUAAUUAGAACUUGACUUUUUUUUUUUUUUCCUGGGUGAUAAAAAUAAAAGAUUAGAAGGGACAUUGGGUGAGUUAAUAUGUUGGAAUUUUUGAGAUUUGCUUGUGAUAUAUUUGUCUAGGUGAAUAAUUGAAGUCUAUUAAAGAUUUCUUUAUAUGUGUUGCAAAAUGUCCCUUCUUUUUAGCAUAUUUUGUACCUGUAAUGAACUUUUUGUUUUAUGAGAUGAUCCUUUUCUUUUGGGCCAA